UUUUUCAACAUUAGAUAAUUGUCAAUAUUUUAGUGAAAAUGGGUCGGUACGCUACUGAACCCGAUAAUGCCACUAAAAGCUGUAAGGCAAGAGGAACAAAUCUGAGGGUUCACUUCAAGAACACAAGAGAGACAGCCCAGGCCAUCAAGCACAUGCCCCUCAAUAGAGCCAAGGUCUAUCUCAAGAACGUCAUCGCUAAGAAGGAGAUUGUCCCCUUCAGAAGGUUUAUGGGAGGAGUAGGACGACAUGCCCAGGCUGCUGUUCAUGGUACCUGCCAGGGUCGUUGGCCCCUCAAAUCCGCCGAGUUCCUUCUCCAUAUGCUGAAAAACGCGGAAAGCAAUGCCGAGUACAAGGGUCUAGAUGCGGAUCAUCUGGUUAUUGAUCAUAUUCAGGUUAACCGUGCUCCUAAGAUGAGAAGAAGAACCUACAGAGCUCACGGUAGAAUUAAUCCUUACAUGUCCUCACCCUGCCAUAUUGAACUCACACUAGCUGAGAAGGAACAGGCCUUUUCUCGUGCCGAUGAACCAGAACACAAGAAG